GAAUUCGGGCUCACUAUGAACACAAGCAAAACUGUCUGUCUCUUUCAGCCUUCACCGAAGGUGCAACCUGCGAUUUUGCCGGGAUCGGCAUUGGUGCUGACAUAUUGGAAACGACCUCCUGCUUCAGCUACCUUGGGAGUGUGAACUCGACUAACCAGCAGCUGCACAGUGAGCUGCGUAUCCGCGUGUCGAAGGCAGCGGCGGCAUUAGGGAAUCUAGAGUAUCGAGUGUGGAACAACCUCCAGCUGACGAUGUACAAAUCUGUGUUGUUGUCCGUUCUUCUAUACGGCAGCGAAACGUGGACGUUGUACCGGCGGGAUGUUCGAAAUCUCGAGGGGUUCCAUCAACAGUGUCUGCGACGGAUUCUGCUCAUCGGUUGGUUCGGAAGAGUUGUAGACACGAUGGUGUCGCGCCGAAGUGGAAUGGAUGCACUGGACUGCAUAAUUUUGCUGAGGCACCUGGGGUGGCUCUGUCUUGUUUGACGUAUGGAUUCCACACGGAUACGGAUGAAGUUAAUAUAUGGUCAGCUGAGUACUGGGAAGCGGCACGUGGGGAAACCAAAGUUACGUUACCAGGACAUGAUCAAAGUGAGCCUCUCACGUUCUAAUCUUGAUUGCAGGUCAUGGGAAUCGAAGGCGAUUGAUUAGCGUGCAUGUCGCGAUCUGAUCACGACGGCCGUUGUCGGGUUGCAAGAGGCAGUCAUCGUGCAUGAAGAAUAGACGCGGCAAUUGCAUUAGCGACAGGUAUCGGUGGGUUAUACUCCAUCGACAUCGAGCGCAUGGUGUUGUAACACAUGCGGUCGCGAGUGCUUGAGUCAGGCGGGCCUAGUGAGCCAUGAGCGAGGCUACUCGGAGCCAACACCGAAACGUCGACGAAUCCCGUAGAGAACAUAAACAGUACGCCCGCAACGUUUUUAGCACUGCUCACUAACAGCCCGAUCAUCGGUUCACUUCUGAUGGUGCAUAUUAAUGUCACACUUUCGGAACCUUUUAUGGAUUCUGGGCGCUACACAUCCAUUUUCUCGCUGUGGCGGACACUGGAAAACAUACCAGCUUGGCGCAAUCAUGAAUUGUUUGACGUCCUAUUCCCAUACAUAUAACUCAGGUCUGAAGAACUCUAGGGAUCCACCUAAUACUUCUGUGGAGUCAGAUGUGACCACUGAAGCGCCCGAAAUUCCCGCUUGUGACCAGUUCGGGACCCUUGCAGCUGAAGCGGAAGCUAAGCGGUCUCGUCUUCAUCAGUCAAUCAAGGUUCCUCUGCCCGACAUCAAAGGGACAACAGACGCCCUCCUGCACGUACCAUUGGGGGAUCUUUCUCGCGAGUUUUCGCUGAUACGUGAUAAGCGCCAUCCUCGACACCAACGCGAGAGUAAACGACUUGAAGAAGCAUGUCGUUCCGGUGACUCAGAUGCUGCAUUGUCAGUUUACUUUGGUUCUAUGCUGACAAGGAACCGAGUGAUGCCAUCGCGUUUUGACACCCACCAACUUCUCGACGUGUUGGCUCAAACAGGUCGCAGUGAAGAUGCAUUUCGAGUACUUCGUAAGAUGAAAGAAAUCGGCCUCGAACCCACUCAGGCCACUUACUCCCGAUUGUUCCGGGCCUGUGCAGAAGACUCCGGUGCAUGGUAUCGCGAGAAUGAGCACAACUUUCGAAUCAGCGAUGCAACGCUAUCCUCCCCUCCGGUUUUGCGGCGUAUGGCAUCUUUGGUUGAACGAGCAUUAUCGUCUGAGGAACUGCUCGAUCAAUUCGGCGGCCCUGGCCUAAAGCGUGCUCAGGAAUUGUGGUGCAAACUGCAGCCAGAUCGUGCUCGCCUGUCGACCGUCACAUACAACUCCGCUAUCCGGGCGUUUGCCAAAGGUGGUGACCUCCAGGGGUGUCUCACGAUACUGAACAUGAUGCUGGACACAGGGAAACCUGCGAAUCAUCAGAAUGCGAUCACUAUCGAUAACUUCACUGUCAGCGCUCUCCUCUCGGCAAUCAGGCCUUCACUGGCGAAACACGCACUGGCUUCCUCACUCAGUCCUCCUGAAUCUGUUCCUCAACUGGACCAUUUUCGGCUUAUUUUAGCCUGUUGGCACCGGUUACUUCGGCACGAUGGCUCCACACGGCUAUCUCCGCAUCUGUUUACCUCACUCCUAGACGCGGUUAAAGCCCUCCCCAAUCACACCAUAUCGACCGAUGUCCUUACUGUUUCCCCGCCAGUCUUCUCUGGCCCAUUGGCUGCUCCAACCUCAGUAACUCAUGAGGAGAUCGGCGAGCUCAUGACACAAACAUCGCAAAGCCCUAAGAAAUUGGUUCACUCCUCCACGGGGACUUCGGUCUUCGCAAGGACCCUCCAGGUUGACUGGUCAAAUGAAGCGCUUGCUCUUAGAAGCCCGAUCAAUCUGAUGUUUCCAACUGAAUACCCGCUGACGCUAGUUUACCCUCAAGGCAGGUGGCAACCGUGGCAUCGCCUCGCUCUCUUUGGUGGAUUGUAUGGCUUUCUGGACGCAGUUGAACGCGUUUAUCAAUCGAAGCCUAAUGCGCUGCUGCUGACCCAACUUAUUGCUCUGUUACCACAGCCGAAAAAGCUAGCUCCACAGACACCGGACGAAUGGGAUGUGUUCGAACACGCACUGAUUACCUGGACCAGCAAGCAUUCUGUUAGGCUUGAUAUGGGAUUCUACAAUGCACUCAUUCAUCGGCGCGUUUCCGCUGCCGUAUCGGCUAACUACGUGCUUCAAGAAGCGAUGCGGAACGGUUUCACAGCGGACCAGAUCACUUGGGGAUCCCUGGCUCGUGGCUGUCACACUGUACCCGAAGUCAGACAACUACUAAGGGCAUUCUCCGAUGCCUCACAACCAUCUGAUCUGUGCUCCUCCGCUCCCAGACACUCCCAAACGUUACUCACAGUCCGGCCAAGUUUACGAUUCAUCUCAUCCAUCAUGUUUUCCAAUUGGUUCAACUGGGAUGUGAAAGCCUACGCUUUAGAACUGCUGAUGGGCGAGACGGAUGGAACGGUCUGUGAUGGCAUUGAACCGGAUCAACGUCUCGUGGCCACCUUGGACAUCGAAGUUGCCUUAUUUCGGGAACUCCUGACUAAAGGCGUUAUCCCGACUGACGGAUCUCCAGCACCGGCCAGUGCUGAAACUGGCGGACUUCCCGUGCCUGCUUAUGCUUAUGCCGCCUUCCGGCGGUUCAUACCACUGUACAAACGCUGGUUACGAAGUUCCUACCGUCCAGUUUCAGUCAGGACUGAUUCAUCAACCAAAAUCUCUUAGCAUGUAUCUAUCUCUUGUCCAAUAAAUCACUCCUUCCGAA